AUGAAUGGGAUGAUAUAUAGUAACCGCGGACAUGAAUAUACAGCUAACGGCGAAGAAUCCAACGGGGCAGAUAAUUAUGACAGAUACAGAUUUAAUUCAACGCGUGAUCAUUACAACAGAGACGAUGAAGAUAAUGGUUAUGGUGUAGGAAGUGAAGGAGAGUCAGAUUUUUAUGACCGAGGAGAAUCAUACGGAAAUGGCAAUGGUCAUGAAAAUGGAUAUGGUAGAAGUAAUGGGAAUGGAAAAUCAUACGGCCGAGGAAAUGGAAACGGGAAUGGUUACGGCCACAGUAACGGUAAUGGAAAUGGAAACGGAUACGGCCAUGAAAAUGGCAACGGGAACGGAUACAGUUAUGGUAACGGUAACGGGAACGGAAAUGGCAACGGAUACAGCAAUGGAAACGGAAACGGAGAGGAAAACGGCCACGACAAUGGAGAUGAUAGUAGAGGAGCCGAUAAUGGAGAUUCUUGGAGAAGAGUUGUUUACAGGCCAUACGGAAAUGGUAGAAAUGGCUCGUACAAUUCAGGAGACGGUAGAUUCAUAUACCGAUAUACUUACAUAGAUCCAUACGGCCGAAAUGUAACCUAUGAAGGUCCAGAUCCACCUGGUGUCGGUAGGCAAGGCCACAGUUUUAAAUUAUUCAGUUCACCAAAUUAUUCUGGAAACGGUUACGACAGAGACGGACAAUACGAUCCAUACAGUGCGGGAGGCACUGGGUAUCCGGGUAACACAGACGACGAAGAUAAUGAGGAUGAGUAUGAUCCUUACGGCAGAGACGGCGACGGACAAUCAGGAUAUUCAAGAUCAGGUGGACGAAAUGGUUACUCUGCAGGACAAGGUUAUCCUGGACAAGACGAUGGAACAAACGAAUCUGGUUAUCCCGGUUAUCCCGGCGGACCCGGUUUCCCCGGUUCACCAGGAAGCCCCGGUUACCCAGGUGGACCCGGAUAUCCUGGAUCACCAGGAAGUCCUGGUUAUCCCGGAGGACCUGGCUACCCCGGGUCACCGGGAAGUCCAGGAUACCCCGGCGAAUCGGAUUACCCAGGAUCACCAGGAAGCCCUGGAUACCCAGGCGGACCUGGCUACCCAGGAUAUCCAGGAGAAUCAGGUUACCCCGGAUCACCAGGAAGUCCAGGAUAUCCUGGCGGACCCGGCUACCCAGGAUCGCCAGGAAGUCCAGGUUACCCCGGCGGAACUGGCUACCCAGGAUCACCAGGAAGCCCGGGUUACCCCGGCGGACCCGGCUACCCCGGAGAAUCAGGUUACCCUGGAUCACCAGGAAGUCCAGGAUAUCCAGGCGGACCCGGAUAUCCCGGCGAAUCGGAUUACCCAGGAUCACCAGGAAGCCCUGGAUACCCAGGAUCACCAGGUAGCCCAGGCGGACCAGGCUACCCAGGAUCACCAGGAAGUCCCGGAUAUCCAGGCGGACCCGGAUAUCCCGGAGAAUCAGGCUACCCAGGAUCACCAGGAAGUCCCGGAUAUCCAGGCGGACCCGGAUAUCCCGGAGAAUCAGGCUACCCAGGAUCACCAGGAAGUCCAGGAUAUCCAGGCGGACCCGAAUAUCCCGGAGAAUCAGGCUACCCCGGAUCACCAGGAAGUCCGGGCUACCCAGGCGGACCAGGCUACCCAGGAUCACCAGGAAGCCCAGGUUACCCGGGUGGAUCAGGUUACCCCGGAGAAUCAGGAUACCCCGGCGGACCAGGCUACCCAGGAUCACCAGGAAGUCCGGGUUACCCAGGCGGACCGGGCUACCCCGGAGAAUCGGGCUACCCUGGAUCACCAGGAAGCCCAGGAUAUCCAGGCGGUCCAGGUUACCCCGGAGGACCAGGCUACCCAGGAUCACCAGGUAGUCCAGGAUAUCCAGGUGGCCCAGGCGGACCAGGUGGAUCAAGCUACCCCGGAGAAUCAGGUUACCCAGGAUCACCAGGAAGUCCAGGAUAUCCGGGCGGCCCAGGCGGACCAGGUGGACCUGGUGGACCAGGCUACCCCGGAGAAUCAGGUUACCCAGGAUCACCAGGAAGUCCGGGUUACCCAGGAGGACCAGGUUACCCAGGAGGUCCAGGAAGUCCAGGAUACUCUGGCGGGCCCGGCUAUCCAGGAUCACCAGGAAGUCCGGGUUAUCCUGGGGGACCAGGAUAUCCAGGCGGGCCAGGCUACCCGGGAUCUCCGGGAAGUCCAGGAUAUCCGGGUGGACCCGGGUACCCUGGUCGAGGAGAUUAUCCGGGUGGUGCAGGAGGUGACGGUUUCGGAAGAGGCUCGUAUCCGGAUGGGUCAGGAAGCGGUAAUGGAACUGGAGAUGGUACUGGUUACGGUAGAGGUUCCGGUAGACCGUCUUUCCCUGGUUCAUAUGGUGGGCCAUUUGAUGGUAGAGGAAGUGGUUUCGGAAGAGGAGGCGGAGGUGAUUCUUAUGCCAUUUUACCAGCCGCUGGUAACUGUAGUAGCGCUGCAUUAUGCUAUCCGAAAUGUUACGCAGAAAAAGGAAAUAGGGGUCCACCAGGUACAACUGGUUUGCCUGGUCCUAAAGGACAACAAGGAUUCCCAGGAACUGAAGGUUUGCCCGGACCAAAAGGUAGCAAAGGUGAACCCGGCCCUGGAGGUCCCAGAGGACAAAAAGGAGAUCGUGGAAAACCAGGAAGACCUGGAUUUCCCGGAAGACAUGGUCUUCCUGGACCCCAAGGACCUCCCGGAUCAAUUGGAACUCCCGGUGUUGAUGGCUGCAACGGAACUGAUGGUCCUCCGGGUCAACCUGGAUUCCCAGGUCAACCAGGACCAAGAGGUUUUCCUGGAGUAAAAGGAGAAAAAGGUUACAAAGGUGAACCAGCAUACGUCGGAAGAUUGCCUAAAGGACAAAAAGGAGAACCCGGAAGAGAUGGUGUCAGAGGCUCUCCGGGAGCUCCUGGUUCGCCCGGUUCAAUUGGUAUUCCUGGAGAAAAAGGAGAUACUGGUCCUCAAGGACCGCAAGGACCUCCUGGACAAAAAGGAGAAAAGUGUACUCAAACAUUAGUUUACGAAGGAGAUAAAGGUGAAAAAGGAGACAAAGGAGAGAGGGGUCCGCAAGGUCCACCGGCAACUGUACCUUAUAAUUACUUCAAACUGUCGGAAUCUAGCACCCAAAUAAAACCGUCUGCUCCCGGAGAUAAAGGAGACAAAGGAGAGCCGGGUUAUUUCGGUGCUGAAGGACAAAAAGGAGAACCGGGGCCACCAGGUGAACCCGGUUACCCUGGAGAAGCUGGUGCUAUGGGAGAAAAAGGUUUACCAGGACCCCCUGGACCUCGAGGAAGAGACGGGUUUGCAGGUCCCCCGGGUCCUGUAGGCCAAAAGGGAGAUAGAGGGUUUGACGGAUUAAACGGUUUGGUUGGUAGACCAGGUCAAAAAGGAGAACCUGGAGUGGAUGGACUUCCAGGACCUCCUGGUUUAAGAGGAAUACAAGGACCUCCUGGAGGUGGAAAAGGAAGGCCAGGCCCACCGGGACCAGCUGGUCCUCGGGGUUAUCCUGGGCCUCCCGGUCCAAAAGGUUUAGAUGGAUACCCUGGAGAACAAGGACCUAGGGGACCUCAAGGUUUAACGGGAGGUCCUGGUGUUCCUGGCAGGCCAGGACCAGAAGGAGCACCUGGCGAAAAAGGAGCAAAAGGAGAACCUGGUUUACAAGGAUUUCCCGGAGGAAUUGGGCCAAGAGGAUACACAGGUCCUCCAGGACCACCUGGACCGAAAGGAGUAAGAGGAGAAACCGGAAUAUCAAUAGUGGGUCCUAAAGGAAUGGAUGGAUCACCAGGAGCUGAUGGUGAAAAAGGAGCAAAGGGAGAAAAAGGAUAUGCUGGGUUGCGAGGUCUUCCCGGUGAUUCUUUGCAAGGUAUACCUGGACCUCCAGGUAGAGUAGGAGCCCCAGGAGAAAAGGGAACAGAUGGUCGCCCUGGUGUUCCCGGCAUGCCCGGUGAAAGAGGACAAAAAGGAGAAAUGGGAGGACGAUGUCAAAAUUGUGCUCCAGGAGUGCGAGGAGAAAAGGGUGACAGGGGAGUGGAUGGGUUACCGGGAGCCAUUGGACCAAGAGGUCCUCCUGGUGAAAGAGGAUUCCCAGGAGAACCAGGAGUUGAUGGAAUUCCUGGAUUACCAGGCCCUCCUGGAAAACCGGGAAAAGAUGGUAUUCCCGGAGCGCCAGGAUUACAAGGAGAAAAAGGAGCUUCGUAUUUUGUAGCCGAAAAUUUGGUAAAAGGAGCCAAAGGAGAACCUGGACCAAGAGGGCCACCUGGUAGACAAGGUUCACCUGGACCCCCUGGUCCGCCAGGUUUUCAGGGAAGACAAGGUGAUGUAGGAUUCCCCGGAGAAAAAGGAGACUCAGGUGAAAAAGGUAGCCCUGGAUUGGAUGGUGCACCCGGAGCAUAUGGUAUACCAGGACCUAAAGGAGAGAAAGGUACUAGUGUGAAAGGAGAACCUGGUAUACCAGGGCGUCAGGGAGAUAAAGGAGAUAAAGGAGAACCGGGAAGAUAUGGUCCCAAGGGAGAGCCAGGUCUCUGUCCUGUUCAAAAUAUUACUGAGGGAUUGAAAGGAAAUAGAGGUUUCCCUGGAGAAAAAGGAGAGCCAGGUCCACCCGGAAGACCAGGAUGGCCAGGUGAAAAAGGAUUACAAGGAUUGCGGGGUGAAGCUGGACCAAUUGGAGCGCCUGGAAUACCAGGACCCGUAGGACCACGGGGAUUACCCGGCCCACGGGGUGAUAAAGGAAAUACUGGACCAAUGGGUUUCCCAGGUGAACCAGGAAGAGAUGGACAGCCUGGUCCUCCAGGACCCAUUGCUCCGAAGGGACAAAAAGGUGAGCCAGGUAUUCCAGGAAUAGGACCUCCAGGACCUAUAGGAGCACCUGGUGAAAAAGGAGACAGAGGACCCAUGGGACCACCAGGGAAAUACGGAGUUAAUGGGGCUCCAGGAUUGCCUGGGGCUCAGGGAGAAAAGGGAGACAUAGGAGCUCCCGGAUUAGAAGGAUUACCGGGUAUGAAAGGAGAACCGGGAGAACCAGGACCAAUUGGUCCUCCGGGAUUACCUGGACAGCCUGGUACUCGAGGAUUUGAUGGUCCUAAAGGUGACAAAGGAAAGCCAGGAUUAGGUGGUCGACCAGGAGCUCCUGGUUUCCCAGGUGCUAAAGGAGAUCGAGGUGUGCCCGGUAUAGAUGGUCCGAAAGGUUUCCCUGGACCCAGAGGUUUACCAGGUCCUCAAGGAAGACCUGGAGUAGAUGGGUUUAAUGGAAUGAAAGGAGACAAAGGUGAAGCUGGAUUUGCAGGAGCACCCGGAUUACCUGGAAUGGACGGCGAAAAAGGUUUCCCUGGUUUACCCGGUCAAAAGGGUGACACUGGCUCUCCGGGAUUAGUUGGACCUCCUGGUCCAGUUGGUCAAGUAGGACCUAAGGGAGAACCCGGACGACCUGGUUUACCAGGAUCUAAAGGAGAACCCGGAUUAACUUCUGAAAAGGGUCAAAAAGGAGAACCUGGUUUCCCAGGAUUAAGAGGAGCGCCAGGUUUAAAGGGAGCAGACGGUUUCCCAGGACAAAAAGGUGACGCAGGUUUACCAGGAAUUGGAAGACCUGGUCCUAAAGGAGAUAAAGGUGCAGACGGUAUUCCAGGACUACCGGGUAUGGACGGUUUACCAGGACAAAAAGGUGAUACAGGAUUCCCCGGAUUAUUAGGACAAAAAGGAGAUAAGGGAUUGGCUGGAGCCCCUGGACUUCCAGGAUUACCUGGAGCUGAUGGUAGACCAGGGGAACCUGGUCCUCCUGGACUGAGCGGAGCUCCAGGGUUGCCAGGUCUCAAAGGAGAUCGAGGAUUCCCAGGAAGAGAGGGAUUAAACGGAUUAAAGGGAGAGCGUGGUCCUGGAGGAGCUCCUGGAGUAGUUGGUUUUCCUGGAACUCCGGGAGAAAAAGGAGAUAGAGGACCCCCCGGACCUGUCAUUGAUGUCAAGGGAGAUAAAGGAGAACCCGGUCUCCCAGGAUUACCGGGAGCUGUCGGUGAACCAGGAAAUCAAGGAAUUGCAGGUCUUCCAGGAGCUAAGGGUGAAAGAGGAAGCCCCGGACCAGCAGGUUUGAGAGGACCUCCAGGAUUCGUCGGCGAACGAGGAUUUAAAGGUGAAGCUGGUGCUCCCGGAGUUCCUGGAUUGCCAGGACUUACAGUUAAAGGAGAAAAAGGUUUACCUGGAUUAAUGGGUAAAAAUGGACGAGAUGGUGCUCGUGGAGCUCCAGGAGAAAAAGGUGAACCUGGACUUCCUGGAUUACAAGGUGUCACAGGACCACCAGGCCCUGUGGGUAGACCCGGAUUGCAAGGAGAAAAAGGAGAUUCUGGACCACCUGGCUUUAACGGAUUACCAGGACCUCCAGGUCUGAAAGGAGAACGCGGAGCAGAUGGAUACCCAGGAUUAACUGGAGAAAAAGGAGAUCAAGGUUUACCGGGGGUUGGAGGUUUACCUGGUGAAAAGGGAGAUCAAGGAGAACAAGGACCGCCUGGAUUCCCAGGUGCAAAAGGAGACCAAGGAUUUAAUGGCAUUCCCGGAGCGGCUGGUGCACCAGGUAUGAAAGGUGACAAAGGCUCUUCUGGUUUACCGGGUAUUGACGGAUUUGUAGGACAAAUGGGUUUCAAAGGAGACAAGGGAGAACCCGGAUUACCUCCUCAGCAAGGUCCUAAAGGAGAUAGAGGUGCUCCAGGUUUCCCUGGACCUCCAGGUCCUCCAGGAUUAAAAGGUUUAGACGGAGCCCCAGGAGCCCCAGGACCCAAGGGAGAACCCGGUAGAAGAGGAUUAGACGGACUUGUAGGUCCAAUAGGUCCACCAGGAGAACCAGGCGUUCCAGGUCCACCCGGAUAUGCCGGUGCACCCGGAGCACCGGGUCUUCCAGGUGAUAAAGGAGAACCAGGACAGCCUUGUACUAGAGCUCCAGAUUAUCCUUCUGGAAUUUUGUUGGUUCGUCACAGUCAAAGUACACAAAUUCCUAGAUGUGAACCGGAUCAUAUUCAAUUAUGGCAAGGAUACAGUUUACUUUAUAUUGAAGGAAAUGAAAAAGCGCAUCAUCAAGAUCUUGGUUUUGCUGGAUCGUGCGUGCAAAAAUUUAGUACGAUGCCUUUCUUGUUCUGUGACUUCAAUAAUGUAUGCAAUUACGCUAGUAGAAACGAUAAGUCCUAUUGGUUAUCCACUAAUUCGCCUUUACCAAUGAUGCCUGUUGAAGAAACAGCCAUUCGCCAAUACAUUUCAAGGUGCGUAGUCUGCGAGGCACCAUCCAACGUUAUAGCGGUCCACAGUCAGUCUCUUAAUGUGCCCGAAUGUCCAGAAGGUUGGGGCUCACUAUGGAUCGGAUACACUGCCGGAGCAGAAGGUGGAGGACAAUCACUCGCAAGUCCUGGUUCUUGUUUAGAAGACUUCCGUGCCACGCCAUUUAUUGAAUGUAAUGGAGCCAGAGGUACUUGCCAUUACUUUGCCAACAAAUUCAGUUUUUGGCUUGCCACUAUUGAAGAUCGUGAUCAAUUUAAGGCUCCUGAAAAACAAACUCUAAAGGAAGGAAGUCUCAGAACAAGAGUUAGUAGAUGUAGCGUAUGUAUUAAACUCGUGUAG